CCGGCCACUCCCUUUGAGAUUCUGAUCCCCCGUACUUCCCGCUACCAACGACUAUGGCCCCGCCGCCUCUUCCUCCCCCACGUCCCGUCGAGGAGUUGCCGGUCGUUGCCCAGGAUGCGUCUCACCUGCGCUUCACCGUGCCCAAGAUCAUCUUCCGCAAGCAGCCUGGUCCGGACUGGCCUCGCAACCACCACAUGUGCUCCGCCGCUCACUGCUACUACCCCAACUCGCCGAAGCCUGUUCCGGGGAAGUACGACUGCCUCGGCCAAUCCUGGUGCGGAGGCCGGUGUCGCGGGACGUACACGGUUUCCCUCGAGGAAGCCCAGGCGAACGACGCCUACUACCAGCAGCUGCAGGCGAUGGAUGAGUGGCGCGCGAAGCAGAAGCCGCCGCCGAAGGACCCGUACGAGCGGGACUCCGUGGUGCGCGAGAAGGUGUUCGUCAACGCGCGGGCGCGUACCGUGGAAGGGCAGACGCAACUGAGCCACAAGGAGUCCACCAUACUGGUGCGCCAGCGACAAGAGUGGGAGCGGCUGCAGCAGGAGGCGGAGGAGGUCGCCCGGAUGCGUCUGGAGAGGGGCGGCUGCUGCCUGCCCGGGCUGACAGAGAUGGCGCAGGCGAUCAUCCGGCCUUUGUCCCCCUCAUCGCUGCGCUCACGAUCGCGCUCGCGGAAACGCAGUGAUCAGAAGGCCGCACUUACUUCUCAACCGCCCCCAGUACCCAAUACGACCUUGCCCGCGCGCACGUCCAGCCUCAUCCCAUCGCCACCCUCCGGAAGACUUCCCGCUAUCCCCAGUGUCAAUUCUGGUUCCAUCUCCGUACCUCUCGCCAGCCAUCAUUCGUCCAUCGGUCGUAGCACCCGUACUGCUCGUGCCGCCAGCGCUCGGCAUCCUCUCCCCGAGGGCUCCCUCCGCGGCCCUCUUGAGCCCUUGCCCAGAGCCACCAGUCCAAACUCUUUCAGCACCAUGCCCAUUGCAGGUACACCCCGCGAGCGCCCCAGAAGUCCAUCCUCCCACACCAUGCACGCCACGCUGCCUCUCGCGCGCUCUCCUCGUACGCCGCCGCGCGCGACGACCUCGCAUCCUAUUCACUCUGCCGUCCGGUCAACUAGCCCAGUCACUCCGCCGCCUCGUCGGUCCAGCCAGUCCACGAGCCCGACUUCCUACUCCACGGAUGGUACCGCCUACUCAGCUUACGCAGGCACCCACUCGACGCGCGCGACGACCCCAUCCCCGACCCCACCCCGCAUGGGUCAGUCGUUCGCGGGCGCGCUCAAGGACGUGCGGCCUCCUCCCUCACAGGACCGUCGCUCGUCGAUGUCCAGCAGCUCGCACGCGGGAACGAUGCCGGAGUCCUUCUACGUAUCGGUGCCGCCGUCGUCGCUGCGCAAGUCGCACAAGUCGCUCCUUAGGAAGUCGCACAGAUCAGUGGGCGAGCGCUCGGUGGCGGAGUCGCACUGGUCUCGCGUGGAACGCGGUGCGUCGCCGACGAGUGUACCGCCCCCGCCCAUGUCGGUUCCGAACCCGACCCCUGCGCAGUCCUACGCCGCGACGUACAGGGCAAGGCAUGCGUAGGUUCGC